GAAUUAAGAACAUUUGAUUCAAUCAACGCUCCAAACUCAUUCCAUCCCAAUUCUUCAACAUGCCUCAGUACAGCAACGGCCAGUCUGUCCGCUACAAGCCCGUCGGCGGCCCCGACUCCCGCACCUCGGAGAGCGUGGGCACGAUCAAGUCCGUCCUGACGGAGCCCGGUAUGCAGGCCGACCGCAACGUUGAUGCCAGCGAGGAGAAUCCCCGUUACGAGGUCGAGAAUCACAACACGGGCAAGUUGACUAGCAUCUAUGAGAAGAACAUCCUGGGAAGUGCUUAAGAGGUAGGAGUUUAUG